UAUGGAUUAGGUGUAAGUUGGUAGUCAUGAUAAUUAGGAAUAUUUUGAAAGCACAAUGUUUUGUUGGUUACCCUGGAGAAAAAUAUUAAAAAAAGAAGAAAUUUAUGAAAUGCCCUAUGAUUCAGACCAAAUUAGACAGGUAAAACAAGAAGAAAAUGAAAAAAGUGCCUUUAAGGUUAAGUAAGUCAAGUGAAGUAAGUGAGAAGUUUUGCCGGAUUAGAACAGUCCAUCUGAAUCGAUUAAAUUAUAAACCAAUCGAACGUUAAACAUGUCUGAAAAAAGAAAAAGAUGUGCCAACUUUUCGUUGAAUGAAAAAAUAAUGUGUUUGAACGUUAUUAAAAAAUACAAACACAUUAUUGAAAGUAAAGAAACGGGUGCUCUGAGUUGGAAAGAGAAAGAACACACCUGGAAAAUGAUCGAGAGAGAGUUUAAUGCACAUUCUGAUACUUAUAGAUCUCUCGAUGUUAUAAAACGGUUUUAUACCAAUAAAAAAAAGGAUACUCGAAAAUGUGCAGCUAAUAAUAGAGCUGAAUAUUUUGGAACUGGGGGAGGAGCACCAAUACCAGCUACUAUUGUUAAAGACCCAACAUUUGAAUUAACAUUGGAUAUUUUAAAUAAGAAGACUGUGGUAGGGUUGGAAAAUAAAUUUGAUAGUGAUAUGAUGAAUGAACACCCACAACAAAACAAAUUUGAGUUUAUUUAUGAUAAACCCGAUGAACCACAGAAAGAGAUUGACAGCGACGUAGAAAUAGAUAACCAAGACACAUACGAGGAUAAUAAUAAAGAAAAUACUAAUACUCAUGACUGGACAACAUAUACGGCAAAACAGUUACAAACUCCUAUUACUGUGGAAUUGAAAGCCCCAAAUAAUACACCGAACAAAAAAUGGACCAGGAGAAGGCGGCCAGAAAUUUGCAGCACUACUAACGUAGCAGUCCGAUAUGAAGAAGUGGCUAGUGUAAAAAAAAAUGUUAUGGAGGCACAAUUGGAAAUAUUAGAAUUUCAAAAAAAAGAAAUGAAAGAUAAGGCCGAAUGGGAGAAGAGACAAAGAGAACGCCAUGAAAGAGAAGAAAUUGAGGAGUUCGAAUUAAAAAAGAAAGCUCUUCAGCUAGAUGUCCAUAUUAAACAAGCACAGCUUAAUGCUUUAAAUAGUAUGACAUCUUAACAUUUUUG